UUGAAACUGUCAAAAUAUAAAUAGUCAAAGGUCAGAUAUUUAAAGACAAGGUCACAAUUAUGCCAAUCUACAGUAUAAACCUGGGUUUAAGAAGUGAUUUAAAAGAUGUCACUGAUUCUGUGAGCCUUACCUCCUCAGGCAGGUCCUUCCAAAUCCAGGGGCCCUGAUGGCAAAGGCUCCGCCUCCUCCGGAGUCUGUGGGACAAACAGGCGGCGGCGUGGUGGCUCGUGUAAGGUGCUGUUCUGAACAACUGCAGCAACAACAACUAACCACAGACGCCACCGCCGCCGCCGCCGCCGCCGCCCGCCUUUCUGCUGACGUCAACGCUGAACACUCGCCGACAGAAUGUAGUGGAACCAGCUCCUCGUGUGGCUGCACCACCACUCCUGUAUAGCUGCAUCACUGAGGUCCAGUCUUACAGUCUGCUGCCAGGAAUGAGGAGGUGACAAGAGCCUUAGCUGCUUCAGCUGCAGACACACACUCUUAUAAACUCACACACACACACACACACACACACACUCAGGAUGGCAGGGGAGUGUGUUCCCUGUGAGGGUCCAGACCUGAAGGACAUGAGUGAGGAGGAGCUGUGGGAUCUGAUUAACGACAACCGGCACCGGAUCUCACUGGGUGUGCGGCCGUGCAUCUUGAUCCCGUACCUGAGGCAAGCCAGAGUUCUGACGGAGAUGGACGAGGACGAGAUUCUCUCCUGCCACAACCUCACCAACCGCAGCAUGAGAACCAGCUUCAUGCUGGAUCUGCUGAGAACUCAGGGCAGGAACGGCGCUGUGGCUUUGCUGGAGGGUUUGAUGAUCCACUACUCCACUCUGUACACGCAGGUCACAGGACAUAAACCAAGCACAGAGCCUUCAAGAUUCAGCGGCUUGAUAAAGUACUCUGAGUUGACCGAGUAUCUGGUGAGAGCAGUGACGGGGAUGCAGAAGGAGCUCCAGGAGGCGCGAGGUGAGGCCAGCAGAAUGACCACCCGCUGCACCUCCCUGGAGUCAGAGAUCCAGCAGAUGAUAGAGCAGGAGGAGAAGUCCAGAUGUGUCCAGUCUGAGACUGAACGCAUGCGGAGACACUUGUGUUCUCUGCAGCGCGAGGUCACCAAGCUGAAGGACGAGAAGUGUGACCUGUACAUGCGCUACACGGCGGCCGUCGAGGAUAAAUCAGCGACCAACAAACGCCUCCAUGACCUCAACCUGCAGGUUUACCAGCUACAGACUGAGCUUCAGAAAGUCCAGAUUGAGAAUGAGUUCCAGAAGCAGCGCUCGCUCAGGCGAGCCUCUCUCGCUGAGAUGCCACACCUGAAAGAGGAAAUCCAGAGACUGCGCUGCGAGCUGCACAAAGCAGAGAAAAUGGACCCGGCUCACCAGGACAUCCUGGCCCGGGACCUGGCUGAGGCCAUCGACAGCCAAGUGGAGCUGGCAGAGCAGCUUCGGCGCUACAGAGAGGAGAAUGAACAGCUGCUGGCAGAGAAACAAGGGCUGACAGAUCAGAAGGAGUGCCUGAGUCUGCAGGUGCAGCAGUUAACUCUGGAGUGUAACAUGCAACAGCAGAAGAGCGCCAUGAUCCACAAGCAGAUGAACGAGCUGCAGGCAGAGCGAGACCAGGCAUAUCAGUCCAGAGAUGAGGCCCAGGCCAUGAUAGCUCGCAUCCUGGCAGAGAAGGACACGCUGAGGUGCCAGCUGGUGGAGCUUCAGGAGAAGGUCUUCAGCCUGCAGGCCAAACGCCGUCCUCGAAGGCAGCAGCAGCAGCAGCAGCAGCAGAGUUCGGAUGAGACGGAGGUCAACUGGGGAAGUCUGAGGUCCAGCUGCGAGGAGUCCUCAUACUCGAACAGACGCAGACUCUGCCGCAUGGACGCCAUUAAUCCCCUGUCACUGAGUUCAUGCCAAUCAGAGAGUGAAGACGCCACGGUGAGUAGCGUCCGGUCCCGAAAUGCAGAACCGCCAAGUCCAGAUUCUCUCCGUAGAAGAGCGGACUCUCUGCAUGAAGGCAGCAGUGUGGAAACAGCAGAGACGGAUUCUUUAUCAGACGACUUUGUCUUCCUCCCACAUGUGGGGACUGAAGACACGCACACACCCAGGCCGGUCUAUUCUAAAGAAUCCACGUCAGACAGCCUGUCAAAAACCACACCCCCUCCUUUCCUGCUGCGUUCCCGCCCAAAAGCUAUCCGCAUCAGUGGCCGUGUUCUCAGCAUCUCCUUCCAGGGGGAGGCGCUGCUGAGCCAGCUGGCGGUGGUUGGAGGAAACAAGACGGGAGUGUUUGUGCACCAGGUGACAGAGGGCAGCACGGCACAUACUGUGGGGAUCAGUCCAGGAGCACAGAUAGUGCAGGUGAAUUACGAGCAGAACCAGAAGGCGCUGAGGAUGGUGCUGGAGGAUUCUACUCUGGAAGAAGCUAUGUGGGCUCUUGGCCAAGUUACAGGCCUCUGCACUCUCUCCCUACGCCCCAGGCAAGAUGAUUACGAGGCGUUGCUGCAGCAGCUGCAUAACAGUGAGAUAUCGUCGGGAGAUUCCUUCUACGUACGCGUUAACUUGACUCUGCCUGCUGGUCCCAGCGCCGGUCUGGCUGUUACCUGCAACGACAUCCUGCAUGUGACCAACACACGACCCGGCGGCACUGAGGACUCGUGGUACGCCAGCCAAGUUCAUCCCUGCCGACUCCUCGACCUUCAGAGUGGAACUGUACCCAACUAUUACAGAGCGCAGGGACUCCUGAUUCAAGCAAUUGAAAACAUGAGUUUUCCAACAAAGAAAUCUCGCAAGGCCGGGCGUUUGGUCAGCCAGACGAAAGAGAAGACCGUUAGGAUUGUGAGCACUGUGCACCAGGGCAGGAAUCCACUGUGGGUCAGUGUGGAAGAUGAAAAGUCAGGUGACACCACUGCACCCAAAAGUGGCGUGACCAUCAUGCCCUACACUCUGGUCUCCCCUCACUACCCGCCCGUCUGCAGACCCGUCCUGUUGCUGCCCACCGUGCUCGGACGCAUCCUGGACAAAAAGCUGGCAGAGUGGCAGGGCUUUCAGCUCUGUGAGCCCGAGAUGCUGAGCGCCUGUGAGCACGCAGCACAACUCCAGAGGUCUGAGAUCCUGGAGGAGAGCGAGCAGGGAACACACUGCUGCUACACUCUGCAGGGUGUCGAGAAAGUCAUGAAGAAGGGAAUCCACUGUGUGCUGCCUCUGGGUCUGGACUGUGUGCGACGGCUGCACCGCGGCAACAUCUUCCCUAUCAUCAUCUUCAUCAGCCAGUCGGCACGUAGCACCCGUAAACUAAGGUCAAAGCUGCAUCGUCACAGCCAGUCAGAGGAGCAGCUGCUGGCGUGUUCCAGGAGCGAGGAGCCGCUGCUGGACAAGCUGCCGUGUCUGUACCGCAGGGUCGCUCCUGACUCGUGGUGUGACCAAACCUCGCUGCUGACCCACUUACGCACCAUCAUCUGGGAGGAGCAGAAGAAGAUCGUGUGGGUGGAGCCAGACCUUUGGUGAAUCUGAGAAAAGGGGAACAGACACGACCUCUUCAAGGGCUAUUAUUAAAAAUACUAAUAAUAUGUACAUGAUAGCAUAGUUUUACAAGAGACGUCUUUGUAAACACGAGUAUGUAUCUGUGAUACGUAUAGUAACUGGGUAAAUGAAGGACUCUAUAUAAAUAUAAAUACAUUUAAAGGUGCAUGAAGCUGUCAUUUACUCGACAUGUUCUGUAAAGUACAGGCUUCUGUUUUGAGGCUUUCAUGCAAACACACGUGCUAAAGUCUUCAGUCACCACCACCGUCUUUUAUUUUCCAGUCUUUUUUUGAAGCUAAAAUCAGAAAACACAGGAAAUGCAUACGUUAAACUAACUAUGAGUUAUGAUAAUCAUUGAGACACAUUAUUGUUAGACACACCAAAAAAAUCCCACAAAUCUUUUAAUCUUUAAAUAUCAACAAGGUUUUAAUUCAGGGCUGUCAAACUCGUGGCCCAUUUGCGUCGCCACUUAGAGUCAAGUUAUAAUGUGUUACUGCUGUAUGCUUUUUUUAGAUUAUUUUUUACACCAUACAGUUGUAGCACGACUCGGGUCGACUCGGUUUCUUUUUUUGCUUUUCCAUUAGUGAUAGUACCUGGUCUGUUGAGGUUGGGCUGGGCUGAUACGGAGUCUGGUGUGUUUAACGACGGCACUGCUGAAAGCUGGCGAUCGUGAGCCCAAUCACAACCUGUUCACUUGUAUUUCAGUUCCGUGACUCGGUCGUGAUGCAGGACGUACUGAACCAUUCAGUUACACUGAAAACAACUGCUUUACAACUCACUGGUUUGUGUGUUUGUGACCCCGCCCACACUGAGGAGUUACUAUAGUAAUGGAAAACCACACGAAACCGUGCUACAACUGUACAGUAGAAAAGCAUAACAAAAGUAUUGGACCACCUGGCAUACAAACGAGAAAACAUAUAACAAAGUGAAUUCACCUUUUUAUACUUAAAUGUUAUCCGGCUCACUGGACGACUUCUUCUCUCAGAGGUCAGGAAUGAAUCAAGCAUAACAUUCAACCACUACAACACAUAAAAGUAAAUGACUAUAUUUGACAUAUAAUUUGAUAUUGUAGGUGUGAGGUGUUCAUACUGUUCAUGAUGUCUUUGCACUGUAUCACUUCUCUACAAUAUGUAGUCGAUUGUUUCCCACCAUGAGGGAUCUUCUUUUCUUUCUCAUAUAUAUAUAUAUUAUAAUUAUAUAUAAUGACUGUAUUUCCAGUGUUUCAUUAGACAUCUUGUUGGUGUUUGAGAUGGGAUUCUUAUGGAGAAAUAUGAAAUGAUGUAAGAUGAUAUGUAUCCUGAUGUCGGGAUCUUGAUGGAUGUUACUUCAGUUUAUGAAGUCUCUCUGGACGUCCUGUUUGCUUUUGUCCCUGCUGCUGCUGUACUGUUUCCCUUUAAGCCCUAAGCUUAUUUUUUUAGGUCUCUGCUCGAACAUUUCAUACUCAUAAUAAGUAUGAACCACAAGUUCUAUUUCAAUACUUUUGGUGUCACAGUAAAGGGAAAAAUUGUGUGAUUUGUUGAGAUGUGUAUAUAUCAGUGUAAGUGUUACUGGUGAAGAGUAAAUGUAGAUGGCACACAAAAAAAUGAAAAUAAUUCAGCUUAAGGAUGAAUAUCUCUCUAGAAUGAUGGAGAAUCAGCUCUAAACUCACUCAAAUCAAAGAAUAACAUGUGAACAUCAUCUCUGCAAAGUUUGACUUUGAUCAAGUGAAGCAGAACAAAAUUAGAGAUUUUAGUGCAAACAUUCCAGGCGAGGACUCAUUUGGCACAUUUAGGAAACAUCUGUGCCAUUUGUAUUCAAACCAUGUAUUAAACUACUUUCUUCACUUUUAUAUAACUAUUAAUGUUCAAUAAAACAAUUUAUGGCCUUGUUUCAAACUUC